GCAGCCUCCACCACCACAAUGGGCCAGGAGCCCAUUUAAGCCUCAGCUCUGGUGCUGGGACUCUUAGCUUCAGGUUUGUCUCUAUUUCUGUCCCCAGGAAGGACUUGGGAUGUCUCCUUUUAUUCUUUCCUGUGCUCCUGGGUUGGACCUUGGCUUUGGUUUGUCACUUUGUCACUCACAGGGGCUGGGAAUGCUAGGGGACUCUUUGGCUCAGGCACUGCUAUGCUGGGUUAUCCUUGACUCGCUGUCCUUGGAAAGAAUAAUUCCAUCUUCAAUGGCUCCCCAUCUUUAUUCCCGUUUAGCUGGCAGUUGUCUGAAAUAUUGGGGAAAUUUUACAGGAAUAAUUCCUUUCAUCUGUUUCUGCACUUGGCCUGAAAAACUGCAGCUCUGACUUGGAUGCAUUUGUGCUAUUGGUGUGGAUUGUUUCAGAGGAAGAGCAAACAUUCCCAAAGAAAAUGGAAGUGUGGGAUUUCCAGACAGGAUUUUCACAUAAAGCAACAAAGUUACUGGAAGUGCCCCUGGAAACAGCAAGAGAGUAACAUUCUUGCUUUUAUCUCUGAGAAAUAUGGGUCAGGAAAACAUCUCCCUCUGUGCUGUCCCAAAAAAAAAUUUCAGUUGAGUUCAAGUAUGACCAGAGGAAUAAUUAUGGGUCACUAUGUUACUCUUUUUAGUCUGUAUAAAAUUUUGGUUUUGUAACAAAAUUUGUUGUUUGCAUCCCUUGUUCUGCAGCUCCUCAGCUGGAGGCUGUAAUGCUGUUGCAGUUAAAUAGCUAAAGUAGCUAAAAUGUUUCCUUUUCUGGGCCCAGCCUUGCGUAGCUGCUGGAUUUUGGGAAUUCCUCAGUUUGAGCACCAGCUCGGGGCAUUUCAGCUGUUCCUGACAGCACCUCUUGGCUAUCAGUAUUCAAAUACACAACUAUUCAAAUUCACAGCACCGAGGAGUGAUAAGAACCCUUUCUUUGCAUACCAAAGAGGAGUUUUCUGCAAUCCUUCCCAUUCCUGGAACCAGAUGAGGGGGGAAAAGAACCUCUGGGAAGCACAUGCAGAAUAAUCAUCAACUAGCCAGCCUCUGGAGAGACUGGAGAGCCAAUGGAGAAGACAGUGCAGGGACAGGUUGAAAAUUAACUCCUGGGUUGGCUCCAUCUCUUAACCAGCAAAGGGUGCUCUCAGAAUUAUUUAAAAAGAAGCCUGGUGACCCCUCGGUGGAGCUGUGUAGCCAUAUGAUUUUUUAUUCUCUGUGAUGUUGGGUUGUUAGGCUGUGGGAGGCUCUGCCGAGGGAGCAGGGAAGGUUUGGAGUGGCCGGUGGCAGCGAUGAAUGGGCUGAAGGUGACAGCCCUGGGGAGUCUCUCCAAGCAGCUGAAAAACCUCCGGGCUGUGCCAGCACGGCCCUGCAGCCUGGCUGCCUGCUCCCGGAAAAACACCAGGAAUGCCUCCUUGCAUCCGCUGUGGCAGAGCCCGCUGACAAUUCCCGGAGGCACCCGCCAGUCUCCCAUCAACAUCCAGUGGAGGGACAGUGUUUAUGAUCCCUUCCUGAAGCCUCUGAAAAUCAGCUAUGACCCCACCACCUGUCUUCACAUCUGGAACAAUGGCUACUCCUUCCUGGUGGAGUUUGAUGAUUCUACUGAUAGAUCAAUCAUCGUUGGAGGCCCCUUGGAAAACCAGUACAGGCUAAAGCAGUUCCACUUCCACUGGGGAGCUAUCAACGACUGGGGCUCAGAGCACACCGUUGACAGUAAAUUUUACCCAGCAGAGCUGCAUUUGGUGCACUGGAAUGCUGUGGAGUACCCGAAUUUUGAGGAAGCUGUGAUGGAAGGGAAUGGCCUGGCUGUUAUUGGAGUGUUCUUAAAGCUGGGAGCACGGCAUGAAGGGCUGCAGACCCUGGUGGAUGCCCUGCCAGCAGUCAGACACAAGGACACUGUGAUCGAGUUUGAUGUCUUUGAUCCCUCCUGUCUGAUCCCUUCCUGCCCUGAUUACUGGACCUACGCCGGCUCCCUGACCACACCCCCCCUCACUGAAUCAGUCACGUGGAUCAUUAAGAAGAAGCCAAUUGAGGUGGAUGAGGAUCAGCUGGAGGCCUUUCGGACACUGCUGUUCACGUCGGACGGGGAGGAGGAGAGGAGGAUGGUGGACAACUUCCGCCCGCUGCAGCCGCUGAUGAACCGCACGGUGCGCUCGUCCUUCCACCCCCAGCUCCGGCCCCACGCCCAGCAGCUCAGCCCAUAGCUGGCCCAGCAUUUCUCAUGAUUAUUCCUUGUAUCCAUGCCCUUUUCACUGUCAGUGCUCCCUGACCUUCCCUAGAGAUGCUGUCAGGGUUUUUAGUUUUGCUUUUUUUUAAAGAAGUGAGUAAUGUUAACCCUUAGCAAAUUGGCUUGUUCCAAGGCAGGGGUCAACAAGGAAUUAUUAAGGCAGUUAAAAAUAAGGACAGGAGAGUUCGUCCCCUGCUCCUUCUCUGAAUUGUUCUGUGUUUCUUUAAAUGCUCUUGCAGUGCCUUGCAUGAAUUAAUAAUUCUGGGUAAAAAUUGUUAAGAAGGGGGAAGUGGGAAGAAAAAGAAAAAUAUCAGUUCUGAUUGGGUCCUUUUGGGGAAUUGUUUGCUGUCUGGGAAGAGAGCUGGAAGGGAACUAGUUUGUCUCAGAGACAUUUUACCUUCUUCCUUUUUCCUUGGAUGAGAAGGACAGAAAUGACUUCCAGGAUCUCUUUCCAUUCUGCUGGCUGCACAUUCCAUAUUUGAUGUGGGUGCCACAGAAUGCCCACUGCUACUACACCAGGAGCCAAAAGAUUUUUUCUAAAACCUUUUAACAGCUGUGGAAGUUUUGGCUUCGGCAGCUUUUGCUUUCCUGUGUUAAUCUAUAGGAAAGAAGGGAGGAGAGAAUUCACCGGUGUCACAAGACUGGCAAGAGCGGAAAAUUAGGUGAAAAUGUCCAAUUGAUCCCAGGAAACUGAUCACAUCAAAAGGGAAAGCAAGAUUAGAUAAAGCCCAGUUGACCCUCCCAGUGGGAUUAGUGGGGGAAAAAACUCAAACCGAUUCCUCAAACCUGUACUAGGAGGGUGUGGACAAAACUCAGCUCUGGGAAAGGGCUUUUAUUUCAGUAACUCAUAGAGCACCAGAGCUCCCUUCAAAGUUCUGCUUUGAGAUGUGUUUUCCUAUAAAAACACCCAGCUUCAGGACCAGUGGGGACCAGUUUGUUUUUAUUGCACCUUAUGGUAACGAGGUCCAGUGGGGGUUGGAAUUGAUUGUGGACCAAGCAGAGCUGCUGUGUGAGCUGCCAGCUCCGAGCCUUUCCCAGGAGCUCCAGCUGCCCCAAGGAUCACCUCUCACAUCCUACUAAACCUGAUUUUUUUCUCAGGCACCUUUCUCUCUGGCCCUUCAUGCUCUGCUGUAUUUAGCAGAUUAAAUUCAUGCACCAGAUUUCUGAUGAGGAGCAGCUCUGCCUGUGAACUCCCUGUGUGAUCUCCAUGGGUUGUGUUUGAGUGUCUGAGGAAUCUUUGCUGGUGGGAUUCAGUGAAGCCAUGAUCUAGCUUGGCAAUGUUAAAUCCAGAUCUUUUCAAUUGUUGCUUUGGUUUUAUAAAAAUCCAAGUGUUGAGUUUCAAAGCACCUUUACACUUUUCAGUGUGACCCUGAUGAUUUUAAGGGUUUGAGAUAAUCUUGUUGAACCAAUUGAGUGCCCAGAUCCUGCUUUACUUCCUCAAUAGCUCUACCUCAGGCUGUUGUUCUGGUGCCACAGCUGUGCCUUUGUCCCCUGAAAUGUGGCCACUUCAACUGGAGUGACUCUGGGUGCUGAAAGGAAGGAAACCUCCUUCUAUCCUGGUGUAGGACAUUUUCCCUGAUGGGAAUUCCGUGUGGCAGUGGAGCUCUUUGGUUUCACCACUUCCCCCCAGCCCUCCCUGCCUGAGGGAGCACUUCAAUCCUGGUUGUGCCAUCUCCCUUUGGAGGGGCUGGGAUUAUCCUGGGAUAGUGAAAGGUGUCCCUGCCAUGGCAGGGGUGGCACUGGAUGAGAUUUAAGGUCUUUUCCCACCCAAACAAUUCCAUGAUUUUCUUAUUCCAUCAUCUCAGUUGAACUCUGCAGGCUUUGCUAUCACCACACAGAUUUUAAGCUACAAAAUUGCAUCAGUGAUGAUUUUGCUGGAGAAUUAUAAAUUCCAAACUAAAGCUGGAAGGAAUAUCUACAGUUCUGGGAGCAGGAAAAGAAUGAUUUUACUUUUUGCCUGAAUAUAUAAUAAUUAUGAUCCAGUCAUUAAGUCAGAGAUUUAUUCAAUGCUGCUCUUGCAGACACUUCUGAGGAUGACCCUGGAGGAAGAUGGCAGCAGUUCAGAUGUUUUCCACUCAUUAAUAGAAAAAAACUGUAAUACAAAGACAUCUUAAUGUUGCCUUUUAUUUAAAAACAGAACUGCCUCAGCAGCACUGGGUUGUAGGUGCAUCAAUCUCCUUAUCAUUUAUGAAUGGAUCUUUUAAAAAGAUUUUUGUAAUUUUGUAAAAAUUUGUAAAAGCGAUUUUGUAAUUGUUAGUUUAAAAAUUGUUUUUGUAAUUUCCACUGAAUUUUUGAAUUUCUCUGAUGCACUGAGAAGAAUCACCAGUUGAUCCAGCUUUCCCAACAAACCCCAAAUCCAGAUUAUUUUAGGGAACUGCCAGGGUGUAAAUGUUUAACUUCAGCUGCUCUGGAACUCUGUAGCAGCCUCACACCCACUGAGUUCUCCAUGGUUUGCUCCACUCAAUCAGAUUUUCCUCCUGGUGUGUAAAUCCCUUUUGAACCACCCUGCAUCCCUCAGAGGGAAUGUGGGAUAUUCCCUUCCCAGUGAUCCAGUUAAAAUUCUCAGAGAGAUUUAUUUCAAGUUCUCACAGAGAUUUACUUUGUCCAAGUAUUGCCAUGGAAGCUUUGUUAGACAAUAGUGAAUUACCCAGUUAAGCUAUGUCCAUAUUUACAUCAAAUCACACCUAUUUUUACUGACAUAAAAUGAAGAAAUUCCAAUUUCAGCACUGAUCACUUCAAAUAUCUGGAAACAGGGUUAAUGUAGAUAAAAAAUAACUCUACUGUGUUACAAAAAGAUGUUUUACAGGGGUUUUGUUACAUUUUUUUUGCUGUUUCUUGAGUCCUGCAUUUAUGUGUAGAUUUUUAGCAUCUCCUGAAGGCAGGCAGGAGCUCAGCUGCAGGGCAGAUUGUUGGAAUUAAUCUGGAAAUGAACACAUUGGGGUUUUUUUUGUUUUGUUUCUUUUUUUUCAGUUUUAUCUCUUCUGUUACAGUGACUUUAUUGACCUUGUGAAUGUAAACUUCAGGAAAAUAUUUGUGUUUAGAACAAGAGAUGGGAUAGAAUUCCUGUGCCUUAUUCUCUCAGUUCUGUGUGGAAAAAUGGUUUGAUUGUUGCGUUAGAGGUGAUUUUUGUGAUGAUUUUGCACAAUUAAGUUAAGAAGGAAUUUUUGGGCUCUUUUGGAUGGCACAAUACAAAAGGGUCAAAGCACAUAUUUGUAUUUUCCUUGCAUAGGAGUCACUUUAUUACUAAAUCCUGCCCUGGGAGGCAUUCCUGGGGCAGCAAGGCCCAGGAAUUAAAGACUGUCACAGGAAUAAUUUGGGGACAACUCCCUGCAAAGGGAGGAGAAGGUUUGGAGCAGACCUGUGUCUGUGCUGCUCUGAUUCCAGCUGCCUUUCAGGAUUUCUCUGAAAUGCUGCUCUCCCCUUGUCCUGGGUGACUUCACAGUGGGACAAACUUCCUCUGCUGUUGGAAUGUUUGAUCCCUGCUCCUGCAUUCCAGAACUUUAACUCUUCAGGUGUUCCUCACCACAUUUGUGCUGCCUUUUCUGUCAGGAAUGGCAGGAGGGUCUCCCCUGGUUUUGGAAGCUCCAGAAUUGGAGUUUGCUUUGAUCUCCACAGGGUUUUAGAGGACUGGAAUUCUGCUUUGGAUGAAGGGUCCCCUCAUGCCUUGAUUUGGGAUGUUUUAACUUGUAUUUCCUGGCACAUCUUGGCUUUUUCUUUCUUUGUGCAUCUCGUUUUUGUGGCCUUUAUGAUGUUGUGUAUUUAAUGUGUGUUACCUGCCUGACCAUAACUGACUGAAAUCACUGUCUGCAGACAACACCUGGAACAGGAAAUGUUUUAUGUUUUCCUGUGGUACAGGCCCUUCCCCAAAGUUUCUCCCUGAUGUAUAGAACCCUUCAGCUGCUGCAUUUUACACUGUUACAUUAGUGUACAACUAUAAUAAAGGACCAGAGAAACCUA